AUGAGUGAAGAAUAACAAAAUAAUAAUGUAAAUCAAUUACCAAGUUUGGUUAAUUUGAGAUCAAAUAGAAAUGUCUCUUAGAUAGAUUUAAAUUUUGCUUAAAGUAUUAUAUACAAGAGUAUAUAUUUUAGAAAGUAAAACAAUACAAUCUGAAAAUUGGGAAAUCUUAUAAAGAGUUAAAGAAAGCCUGGAGAGUAAGGCUUUUAGUAACUUUUUCACAAGUUCCUUGGCUAAAUUACCCAAUUUUAAGAGUCCUUAAGAAUUAGCCAAAGUUUUAGCUGAUUAAUUUAUAUAAAAUGAAAUCAAGAAAGGUAAGAAGAGAGAAGCUAAAUCUGCAAUUAAAAUCUAAGUGUCUUAACCAUAAACAUCAGAUAGUUUACCAGCUUUAAAAACUCCUUAAAUUAAGUUAGAAAAAAAUAAAUUUAUUCAUGUUCGUUCAAAGAGUCGUGAUAAAUUAAGAGAACUAGAAAUGAUUAAAGAAUAGGAGAGAGAAAAGGAACAAUAAAAUAAAGAGAAUAAUAAAUUGAAUGAAAAGAUUUUAAAAUAAAAAAAUAAAUUUUUAUCUAAAGAUACUUAGAGAUAAAAGGAAUAAGAUAAAUCAUUCAUUGAGCAACCAUCUCCUCCAAUUAAAAUUUAAAAAAAUAUUCGACAUACAUUAUCUAUAACAAAACUCUAAUCUCCAAAUCCUAUUGAAUCCAAUUAAUAAUAAUAACCAACAAUUUAUUCUUACUUUUUAGGUGGAGGAAAUAAUAGUGAAUUAAUAAAAAGAGUUUUUGAUUAUAGAUCAGAUUGGCAUUAGACUACAAAUAUGGCUAGAGCUAAUUUUAGAUGGUAAUAAUCUAAUCAUGGAUACAAAUAUUUUAAAUUGAAUUGGCAUAAAUCUCAUAAAGAAUUAUUGAAUCAUUUUGAAUUUCAUCCAGAAAUUAGUAAUAAAAAGAAUUUAUUAAUAAAUGUUUCUGCUAGUUGUGAAGUAAAUUGAAUUUUUAAUUAGAUACUUAAAUUGAACCCUUUUGAUAUUAUACCUGUUACUUUUGCUAUAGAUUUUACAGAUGCAUCAGUUGAAUCUAAUAUUUCAGCCUUUUAUAAUUUUUAUAAUAAAAAUGCUCCUGAAUCUAAAUAAUUAAAUAAGUAAGAUGCCUAAAACAAACUUAAUGAAAUCAAGAAAAAACUAAGAAUAGCUCCUAGCAAAGAUAAAAAAUAAUUGGAAUUUUAAAUGAGAGACACUUUCACUGGUCCAGAUUAUUUAUGGUUAUUAAAACCUACAGGAUUAAAUAGAGGACGAGGAAUUCAUGUAUUUUAAGAUAUAGAUAAUCUUGUUGAUUUACUUAUUGAUUAUCAAUAUGGUUAUCAUGAAAAAUAAAUAGAAACAUAUAAAGAUGAGAAUGGAUAAACUUAACAAAAGGUUGUUUAAUAUGUAUUGAAAACAUCAUCAUUUGUUGUUCAGAAAUAUAUUGAAAAACCUUUAUUAAUAAAAAAUAGAAAAUUCGACAUAAGAGUUUGGGUAUUUCUGAAUACUGAUUUGAGUUGCUAUUUUUUUAAGUAUAAAGUGUGUUGCAUAUUUCAUUAGAGAAGGCUAUAUCAGGAUGGCAUCAGAAGAAUAUAGGACAAAUGAUGUAGAUAACAUUUAUAUUCAUCUAACAAACAAUGCUAUACAAUAACAUAGUGAUAAAUAUGGAUAAUAGGAAUUAGGAAAUUAAUUAUCAUUUGAUUAAGUUUCUCAAUAUUUCAAAUCCAAAAUUGAUUUUAGAGCAUAAAUAGUAGAAAAAAUGAAAGAAAUGUCAUAUUUUGCAAUGAGAACAGUAGCUACUAAAAUCAAUAAGUUAAAUAGAAAAUUUUGUAUGGAGAUUUUUGGUUUUGAUUUCUUUUUGGAUGAACUCUUCAAUAUUUAUUUAAUAGAAGUGAAUACUAAUCCUUGUCUUGAAGAAUCCAGUCCUUUGUUAUAGAUGUUGAUACCUAGAAUGAUUGAUGAUGCCUUUGUUUUAACUGUUGAUCAGAUAUUCCCUAUUUAAAGAGAUCUUGUAUCAAAAUUCCCUGUUACUAACUAUAGUGAUACUGAAAAUAUGUGGUAAUUGAUAGAAUUAUAAUGAUAGGUAAUUGAUGGGAGAAUUAACUGAAAUACAAGGAUGAA